CAGCUGCGCCGAUUUGUUUAUGUUGUUACGCCAAGCCCGUGUAGGGUGAAUGUUGUUAGUGCCGUGUGGUUCUGUGAUUAUUCGUUCCUUUACCGGCCAAAAACGAACGCAACGAUGCAGAGAGUUUCCAAACUGUUUCAACCAGCUUUAAUCAUCCCGAAAAAUGCUACCAUAAAAUCCCAGGAUAUCACCUCCAAAAGUCAAAGGCUCAUGCUGGAACAGGGGCUCAUCCGACAGACUGGCAAUGGGACGUUUUACCUACUGCCUCUGCUACAGCGAUCGCUGCAGAAAGCUGUUGACCUGAUAGACCGGCACAUGGAAGCGGUCGGAGCACAAAAGAUGGUACUUCCGCUCCUAACAUCGGCAGAGCUGUGGAAAAAGAGUGGCCGACUAGGUGCUACCGAAGCGGGCACACCGACAGAGCUGCUUCAGACGACCGAUCGGCACGGAAAGGUGCAAAUUUUGGGACCGACACACGAAGAAUCAAUCACAUCGCUACUCGCAGCCAUCGCUCCCGUUACGUAUCGCCAGUUUCCGCUGCGCCUGUACCAGAUAUCGACCAAAUUUCGGGACGAAAUGAAACCCCGCUUUGGGCUGAUGCGAGCGAAAGAGUUCCUCAUGAAGGACCUGUACACGUUCGACGUUGACCGGACACGGUGUCAGGAAACGUACGACUCGGUGAACGAAGCGUACGGCCGGUUGUUCCGUGAAAUUGGCGUCCCGUUCGUCAAGGUGGCGGGAGACUGUGGGACGAUGGGUGGAUCCCUGUCGCACGAGUACCAUUUCCCGAGCGAGGUGGGCGAGGAUGAGCUGAUCCGCUGUACCCGGUGCGGAAUGCACACGAACGCUGAGCUUUUCCCGGCGUUGAGGGAACGGUGUAAAAGUUGCCAAACCGGAUGUGAAACUUUCGAACGACAGGCAGGCAUCGAGGUGGCGCAUGUAUUCAUUCUCGAGGAUCGGUACACAAAGGCGCUCGGGGCGACGUGUCUGGCCGCGAAUGGGAAACCGGUGCCCCUCCAGAUGGGAUGCUACGGUAUCGGCGUGACGAGGCUACUGGCCGCCUCGAUCGAAGUCCUGUCCAGCGAGAAGGAAAUACGAUGGCCGGUCGCACUUGCGCCGUACCGUGUCUGCAUCAUUACCCCCAAGGCGGGCAGUAAGGAGGAGGCUCAAGCUACCCCGUGGGUCGGUAAACUUCACGACGAUCUACAAUCGUUGGCAAACUGUGCGGGGGACGUUAUUGUGGACGAUCGUACACAGCUCACCAUUGGCAAGCGGUUGCUGGAUGCACGUAAAAUGGGCUAUCCUGUCAUUGUGGUUGUAGGUGCGAAAGCCGCCAGCGAAGAGAAGCUGGAACUGCACGACGUAGCAACGGGAACGGAAGUAAGCCUACCGUACAGCGAUACUUUAUCGGCCGUUGCGGAAAUAUUGACCGCUGCAAAGCGGUCGGAGCACCCUGCCACAAUGCAAAACGAUCGCAAUAAAGUUGCACAGAAGCUGUAGACAAAACAGA